CCCUGCGGAAAUCGGAUGAGGGUAGGUGCUGCAUACUGGGAAUCAGAAAGCCCAGAAUCGGAUUGGUCGAGAUUUGCCAGUGACCGCGAUCCUCCCAGGCUGGCCUGUGGUGCUCCGGGAGAAGGGAGGGCGGCACUGCGCACUUCCUGUAGACGGAAGCCGGCGACAGACUCCGGGAGUCCCCGCCUCAUCAGGAAACUCCUAAGUUCCUCUGGAAACGAAGUAGAAUUUCAUAAGAACAUAAUGGAUGGAGAGGAGAAAACCUAUGGUGGCUGUGAAGGCCCUGAUGCCAUGUAUGUCAAAUUGAUAUCCUCUGAUGGCCAUGAAUUUAUUGUAAAAAGAGAACACGCACUAACAUCAGGAACAAUCAAAGCCAUGUUGAGUGGCCCAGGUCAGUUUGCUGAGAACGAGACUAAUGAAGUCAAUUUUAGAGAGAUCCCUUCACAUGUGCUGUCAAAAGUAUGCAUGUAUUUUACCUACAAGGUUCGCUACACUAACAGCUCCACGGAGAUUCCUGAAUUCCCAAUUGCACCUGAAAUUGCACUGGAACUGCUGAUGGCUGCGAACUUCCUAGAUUGUUAAAUAAAAUAAAUUAUAAUAAACUGUUAACUUUUUUCAGUAUUUAA